UUUCAGUUUCUUUGCUUGCCUGCAUUUCUUUGUGUUCCAAACAUUGAUUGUUAGUUUAUACAGUACAGAGGUAGGAGUUAAGUCAUAUUUUGUGUCAGCAGUAAUAUUUAUUUGAUUACGAAAAAAUGGCAGACGAUGAUUUUGAUGGAGACGACGUAGUAGAUGAGUUUGAUGAUGUGGAUGAUGAUGAUAAUAUUGAACUAGAACCUCAGGAAGAAGAUGGAGAAAAUAUAGAGUUAUUAACUACUGGUGAAGCUACUAGUGGAGUGCAGAGGUCUAAAAGAAUUACAACAAGAUAUAUGACAAAAUAUGAAAGAGCAAGAGUAUUAGGGACAAGAGCAUUACAAAUAGCAAUGUGUGCUCCUGUGAUGGUAGAAUUAGAAGGAGAAACUGAUCCAUUGCAAAUUGCAAUGAAAGAACUAAAGCAAAGAAAAAUUCCAAUCAUAAUUAGACGUUAUUUACCUGACAAUAGUUAUGAGGAUUGGGGUAUAGACGAAUUAAUCAUAAUAGAUCAUUAAAUUCUGCUUUUAAUUUUGUACAUUUAAAAUAUAGCUAUAAGAGAAGUAAUGUAAGAAAUAUCAAAAUCCUUUGGAAUUUGUACUAAUAAAAAGAAUUUAAUAAAAAUAUUAUACGUGUA